AAAAUUUUUCUUUCAUUUCGAACGAAAUAAUUCAGUUUAGUGUAAAAUUGUCAGUACAGAAAGCAAUACAAACUAGUAACAUGUCAGCUAACACGGUUCUCCUUGACUUCUCCAUCGAGCCAUCGCGAAUUAACGAUGAAUUAUCGCGCAAGGAUAUAGUUAAAGUGAUUAAAGAAAAUCUUGAGAAAUAUUUUGGAAAUUUAAAAAUGAUCUAUGAUAUGUUGGUUGACGAUGGCUACAUGUGCAUAUUUAAUGAUAGUUCAGCGACAAUUAUCAAUGUGAGAUUCUUUAACGAAGGAUUAAUCACGAUUAACAUUGAAUACUACAAGAAGGACAAUGACAAUCAGAGAAUUUCAUUUGAGUCAUCACGGCAACUUGAAAAUGCGCUGGUUAAAGAAUUGAAUUUAUUGCACGGUCAAACUUUACCAGCAUUGGAUCGUGGCCCAAUUGUCAAAUAUUUUCCAACAGCAGACGAGCGAAUCAUCGAAUAUGACAUCGAUAAAGUCCUGUUCGAUAAGCGCUCAGAAUUCCAGAAAAUUCAAAUUGUUCACUCGAAAACAUUGGGAAAUAUGUUGAUCCUUGAUGAGCUGCAGAAUAUAGCAGAAGCUGACUUAAUCUACACAGAAACAUUGAUGCAACGUGGCAAAGAAGAUUACAGUGGAAAGGAUAUUUGCAUCCUUGGUGGCGGUGAUGGUGCAUUGCUUUAUGAAUUGUUAAAGGAGAACCCAAAAAAUGUUGUUAUGUUAGAAAUUGAUGAUCUCGUUAUGGAAGCAUGUAACAAGUACAUGAAUUCUAUUUGUGGUGAUGUCCUUGAAGUCCGUAAAGGAGAUAACUUUGAAAUUAUUAUUGGUGAUUGUAUGGUCUGGUUGGAUAAAUACAUUAAGGAUGGUCGAAAGUUCGAUUAUGUCUUUGGUGAUUUGACUGACAUCCCGAUUUCGGAUACGCCGACUGGUGAAAUUUGGGACUUUAUACGCACAAUUUUGGAGAAAUCUUUUGCUGUUUUAAAGAAUACUGGAAAAUUCAUGACUCACGGAAACGGAGCAUCAUGCCCUGAAUCCUUAGAAAUGUAUGAAGAACAACUCAAGAAGCUCAACCCAACUGUAAAGUUUACUCGAGACACCGCAUUUGUUCCAUCAUUCAUGGAGGACUGGAUCUUCUAUCAAGUCGCAUUUGAAAAACAUUGAUGAAAUUCAACUUUGA